AUGUCUACUGAAGGUAAAGUGCUAGUCCCAGAAGUUAAAUGGGCUCAAAGAUCAGAUGAAAAAGAUGAAGAAAAGAACUAUCUUUUAAUUACCAUUGGUAUUACUGAUUGUUCAGAACCAGUUCUAAAGAUCGAACCAACUUAUUUUGAACUUACCGCCAAUUCAAAAGGUCACGUUGGUAAUGAAACUGCAAAUAAAUACAAACUUCACAUUGAUUUCUUCAAAGAAAUUAUUCCAGAUAAGACCCUUCACAAAAUUGCUAACGGUCAACAUUACUUCCUAAAGAUCUAUAAGAAGGAUUUAGGUCUUGAAUACUGGCCACGUCUAACUAAAGAAAAGGUUAAAUACCAAUACAUCAAGACUGACUUCGAUAAGUGGGUUGACGAAGACGAACAAGAUGAAGUGGACGCAGACAACAAUGGUAUUGACUUCUCUGGUGCCAAUAUGGGUGCCGGUAUGGGUGGCCCAGGUAUGGCAGGUAUGCCUGGUAUGCCUGGUAUGGGUGGCAUGGGCGGCCCAGGUGGAAACUUUGAUAUAAGUCAAUUGAUGAGCAGUAUGGGUGGUAUGGGUGGCGCUCUAAAUGAUGGCGUUGCUAACGCUUCUGGUAACGGUGCUGGUGGUAUUGACUUUGAAGAGAUGAUGAAAGACCCAGCAAUGAGAGACUUGCUAAAUAAAAAGGCUAACUUGUCUACAGCAGAAGACGAAGAAGAGGAUGAAGAAAAAGAAUCAGAAGAUAAAUAG